CCCCCCCUGCCGACGAGAUCCGGUAGUGUAAGAAAGAGAGAGAGACACCAACGCCCAUCAUGUCCACCACUGUGCCUGUCACCUCCCCCUUCGAGACCCCGGUGCCGGCCGUCGCUGAGGCCCCCGUCGCCGCCCCGGCCGAGGGCCCGGCUGCUGCUGCCUCGGUGCCGACUACGGCGGUGGUCGACGCCACCGUCCCGGCCUCCGGUGCCGAGAACGACCUGGCCUCCUCGGAGAAUGCCGCGCCGAUGAGCGAUGACGAUGCCGACGAUGACCUUUCUCUCCUGCAGCAAAUCCAAGCCCAGCAGGUUGUGGCCUCCGGCUCGGACCCUUCCCUGCCGAAGGAUGCUGCCUCGACCCCGCCCAUCCUUUCGCAAGCCGAGCGCGAGGAGAUUGACUCGCGCUCGGUCUUCGUGGGUAAUGUCCACUUCGACACGACUCCCGAGGAGCUGCACGGGCUCUUCUCGCCAGCCGGGACCGUUGUUCGCGUGACCAUCCUCUGUGACAAGUUCACCGGUCGCCCGAAGGGCUUUGCCUACAUCGAGUUCGAGUCGACCGAGAGCGUGGAGCGGGCCCUCAGUCUGACGGACACCCUGCUGCACAGCCGGAAGAUUCACGUCACUCGCAAGCGCACCAACACCCCGGGCAUGUCGGCCUCGCGCGGUGGCCGGUUCAUGAUGUUCCCCGGCGCGCCCUUCAUGUACGGCGGGUACAUGCCCUUCCCGCCGGGCUUCCGCGGUGGCCGUUUCGCUGGCGGCUCCCCGCGCGGCCGCUUCCGCGGCGGUGUUGCCGGUGCUGGCUUCCGCUCCCGCCGUCCCUCUUAAGGCGCUGCCUUGGGUACCACACCGAACACGGUGGCCGGGGCACGGACGCGCGCGUGCGCCCCGUCCCUCGACGCACAGGGCCUCGGGCCCUCUUUCCUCCCCAGCCGGGAGACAUCCUGGGAUGCCUUCUUUGCCCCUUGUCCCCGGGCCCCACACUUGUCGGCGCCGGGGAAUGUCCUUGCCUCUCAUCAAAACACUGCAAUACACAGACACACACAGACACACA